AUGCUCUUCUUCCAGGAUUUGAAAUUCUUUCUUGACUCGUCUCAAGGAGCUAUCUAUGUCAACUUAGGUGAUAGUAAAUCUUUACGCCUUCCAACGGCUAUCCUGGAGAUGUUCCUAGAAGUAUUCUCUGGACUUCCUUAUAAUGUGUUAUGGAGAGUAGACUUUGAAGGACUGAAAGACUUACCGCAGAACGUUAUGAUGAAAAAUAUAUUUUCGGAAGUUGACAUUUUCAGGCAUCCGAACCUCAAGCUCAUUAUUACCCACGGUGAUCUCCAAACUACCACAGAGGCGAUCGAAGCUGGAGUGCCUCUCAUCGGAGUUCGUAAACUAGGUGACCAAAUGUUUAAUAUGGAACACUACACCCAGUAUGGGAUAGGACUCCACCUUGACGGGAAUGCUAUUGGCAAGGAGGAAUUCAGGAGUAGUGUGUUGAAGGUUAUAGAGUAUCCAAGCUAUAGAGACAACAUUCUGCGGCUACGUAAAUUAAUUAACGACACUCGAACUCCAUUAUUAGACCGCGCCAUCUUGUGGACAGAGUACGUAUUAAAACACUCAAGUAUGGCACACCUCAAGUCAUCAGCAUCAAACAAAACGUGGACAGAAUACUAUGAAUUGGAACUAAUUAGUAUAGUAAUAAGCACUAUUAUAAUAUUAUUAAGUAUUUUUUGGUUGUUAUUGAAGAUUUUCCUAGAGAAAAUAGAUGCUAUAAUUGCUCAUCAAGCUAGAACUGAGGAAAUAUAA